AUGAACAACUUUAUCAUCAUCGACAAAAUAGGUUCUGGCUCGUUCUCGGACGUGUUCAAAGUCAAGAGAAUUUCUGAUAACUAAAUAUAUGCGUUAAAAAAAGUGAAACUAAGUAAAUUAUCUGAUAAGGAAAAGGAGAAUGCUCUGAAUGAGGUCAGAAUCCUUGCAUCCAUACAAAAUGAAAACGUGGUUUCAUACAAAGAAGCCUUCUUUGAGGAGUAAUCUUAAAGUCUCUGCAUUAUAAUGGAGUAUGCUGACAAUGGAGACCUUCAAUCAAAGAUUGAGACUCAGAAGAAGCAGGGACAAUUCUUGUAAGAGGAAGAGAUCUGGAGGAUCUUAAUUGAUCUUAUCAAGGGUCUUGUUACUCUUCACAGCUUGAAGAUCGUUCACAGAGACAUCAAGUGUGCCAAUGUUUUCAUUGGUAAAGAUGGUACAGCCAAACUUGGGGACUUGAAUGUUAGUAAGAUUGCCAAGCUGGGAAUGAUGCAAACUCAGACUGGUACACCUUAUUAUGCAAGCCCAGAGGUAUGGAAUGACUAGCCAUACGAUGCUAGAUGCGACAUUUGGUCUCUUGGUUGUGUGAUUUACGAGUUAGCAGCUUUAAAUCCACCUUUUCAAGCCAAAGACAUGAAUGGCUUGUACCAAAGAGUAAACAAGGGAAUCUAUCCCAGUCUACCAAAACUUUACUCAAAGGAUUUGAACAAACUUAUAGGCCAACUCCUUACAGUUGAUCCUAUAUAUAGACCAUCUGCAUUAGAUGUCAUGAAGCUUAAACCAAUGCUUAUUAGGACUGAGACUGCCAAACUAGGAGCCUUGAAUCACUAAUAAGUAUCAGUGAAUCAUCAAUUUAGCCCACAUGCUGAACUAUUAAGUACCAUUAGGCUACCCAAGAACUUAAAGUAACUUACAGAGAGACUGCCUAAGAGUAACUAUGAGGAAAACAGAUAAAAGUCUCAUGAAAUAAGAAUAAGAAACAAAUCAAUGAGAACUUCAGGCUAAAUUCCAGAGGAUGGAAGCUGCUUCUCGACUGAUUCAAGCGACAGGGAACAAAAGUACUUAAGUAAUUAAAAGCCUUCUACUAAAACUGAAUCUCCAUUAAGAAAAGCAAAUUCUCUCUAAGUUUAGAGGUCUUAGUAAAAGCAAAAAAGCCAAAGACAAUCGAGACUUGAUCACAAUGAAAGAGUGUCAGUUGGUUCAAACAGAGCUCACAAUGAAUCCUUGCCUUCCAUAGUUUCUCAGCCUUAAUCUGUGUCUAGAAACCCAAACACUGACUCCAUUAAUAACCAUAUCAGAAGGAUAAGAGAAAAAUCUGCGAAGUUACUGAUAUAAAGAAAUAGAAAACUUAACCUUCAAAGUUAAUUAAGAAUCAAGGAAAUUGAUAGAUAAUCAUAGAUCAUAGAGAAAUCAGAGAUGAUCAAGAUUGAUAGUGACCAAGACAACAUUUUGAGUGAGGGCAACAAUAACAAUUAGAUUAACUAUCUCGGUAGCUUACCAAAUAUUUCUUAAAACUCAAGGUCCAUUAUCUAGAAUACUCCAUCUCAUAUUAAGAUCUCUGCUUCUCAACAGUAGAGAACAAGACUCCAGAACUAGAUUGACUCGCUUCAUUUGUUGCGACAAAAACAGGUCUAGCUCAGCAGAUAGUAAGCCUAACAGAACAAUGGAAGUAACAGCGUCAAAAACUAGUAUUUAUCUAAUGAUAAGGAAAAGAAGGUUUUACCAUCAAUUGAAAUCGAACCUCAUGAAUAAUAACCACCUCUUAGUUAUAGAUAUUAGGAGAGAACAAGCAUAUAAAACAAUCUGAGAGAGAAGUUAAUAAAGAAGUAUCAAGAACAAUAAAUUAUUCAAAACAAUAUUCUCACAAGUGUCCCCACAAGCGGCGGUUCUAUUGAGAGACAACUUAAUCUAUUGAAUAUCCAUAACAAUAAUCUACCUGUAAAUAAACAACUUCCUAGAAAAGCACAUCCUGUUGUUAACAUGAAGCUCUUACACAUGCCCAUCUAAAAUAUAGAGAAGAAGCGCCUUAGAAGCAUCAAUCAAUAAGAUUAUGCUACAGAGGAGCCUCAACCCUCUUGGUGGGAGUGA